UGAGGUGCCGACGUCAGGCCCGUUGGUGUCGAGUUGUCGCAAACCUUCCAUUCGGCAUUCCCGUGACCGAAACCAUUCCGUCGAGUUCUUAGACCACGUCGAUAUCCUAGACUCCUUCCGAUACCGAACCGAAUCCGUUUGCAAGUUGAACCCGUCGCCGGCGCAUAACCACCACCUCCGCGAUGCCCCCCCUGCCCGAUGCCAGCAAUGGCGGAAACCGAAGCAGCCCGCUGCUCUGGCGCAUCCUGAAAUUCUUCCUUCGACCCUUUCGCGGCCCCAUCGAUCGGUUCCGUCGUGCUUCUCGCGCCGCCGCAUACCCCAUCCAAGGCAUAUACUACUUUUUGCGCCAUCCCGAAUUCUAUCCCGUGUUCCUAGGCCGUCUACUCCCGCUAUCCAUCAUCUCGUUCCUGGUGUAUCUGAUCCUGUUCACCUUUGCCUUUAUUCCCCAGCUGCUGUUCUUGAUGAUCUUCCAGGGAAAGGCCGGAGCUUGGUUCAAUGCGGUGGUGCUCGUGCUUGGAGAGGGCCAUGUGGUGAUUCAGGGUCUGUUUGAGGGCUUCUUUGUCGACGAGGCCCAAGUGGAUAUCUUUGACGCAACGCUAAUCAACCAUGGCCUGACCGAUCUCGUCGCGCCCCACCGUCUGCUCUUCCCGGAUGCGCCCACUUCUGUCAAGAUGUUGGGCAAGCCAACCACCAAGGCCGAGUUCCAACCUUUCAGCCUGAAACAAAUCAUCGAGCUUAUCGUCUUUCUCCCGCUCAACCUGAUACCCUACGGUGGCACGGUUUCCUUUCUCAUGAUUACCGGUGCUCGGUACGGAAAGCUGUCGCACCACAGAUGGUUCCAGCUGCGAGGGUUGAGCAAGAAGGAGAUGAAGCGGGAACGCAGCUACUGGUCGUGGGAGUACACCUGGUUUGGAACAGUAGCGAUGGUCCUCCAGCUGAUACCCGUGCUGAGCUUCUUCUUCCUCUUGACUACCAGCGCUGGAGCCGCGUUGUGGGUAACAGAACUGGAGGAGAGGUCGCGCGUCAGAGUUGGAAGGCCCGUUACUGCCAACGACCAGGCGGCUCGAAACCAGCCAGACGAGCCCGUCUACCAUGAUGGUAUCUACCAUGACGAUCCGGUAUAGAUCAUGGACUGGCGUAAGGAACAGACGUAUCGCUUAGUAUAUUCCUUUCCCCUGGUCAGCGGAUGCCUCGUUUUGCUUUUAGGUACCCAAACUCUAUCACUAGAAGGCCACUCUAGUCUUGUCAGUCAAUGUUACAGUCAUUGUGUACUCCCGUCCUUCUCGACGGUCCGGUCUAAUAUUUGCCCGCCACUUCUUUUUCGCACUUCUCCUGAGCUUGUCACGAUCCAGAGAUUCUGUUGGCAAAUAUCACACCAACUUUAACACACUCAGGAAGAAAGGAAAGCAUAACCACUCACCAGUGCAUUGCCACAGCACGAACCCGAUUCUUCAUACGUACCUCCUUGGUCUGGACACCAUUCGGUCGCCGUAUCAACGGCCUACUUUCCCUCCAGGAACAACGCAGCUGGCGUGGAGUUGCCGCAAGUCGUUUACAAAUCCGAUUCAGAGCAGAAAUUCGGAAAUGAUGGGU